GAAAGCAGAAGUAGAGAGAGAAAGAGGAGAGAGAAAGAGAGAGAGUGUGUGUGUGUUUAUGGGGUAUCAUCGGAGAGCGAUCAAAGAGAGAGAAAGAGAGCUCGUCGAGCUCUGAUUCCGACGACACCGAAAGAAAAAUCAGGCGGCGAAACGUAAAUGCGGCGGAGCAAUUUCUACAGAGAGAGAAGAAAAACCGAAAGUUUGAAACCAACAAAUCAAAAGCUAUUGUGAUUAGUUUGGGUUCCAACGAACAACGAACCUUUGCAGAUUUUGAAAACGAACAGUUGAGUUUUUCGAAUCUCAACUUUGGAAGAGCUAUAAUGAGGUUAGACUUACCAAUUGUUGUUUAUUGUUAGAGUUGUUCGGAUGUUUACAUCUCUUCAAUCUCUCAUCGUUUUGAAUCCCAAUUCCGUAUGGGCAUUUUGAAAUUGAUGCUGGGAACUUUGCGAAGUUCACAAUCUCUUGAUUAAUUCGUCGCAUUUCGAGUUCUAAUUUGGGAAUUUGAAAGAUUGAACGAAAUUGGAAGCUGUUUAAUAAAGUGAUUUGCGGGUUUACUUGGAAUUGGAGGGAGGUAACGUCAAAAUUUAGGGUUUUUGCUUUGUGUAGAUGUGAUUAUGGUUAGGGAUUAUGUAUUUUGGAGUUGGAAUUUGAAUAAUUUGGGAUUUCGGUUUUGGAGGGAGAGUUAGUUGGGAACUGUAGUUCUAAUCUGAUUUCAAGGUUGGUUUUUUUUACAUGAUGUGUUUUCGUUAUUCAUUGUAUGGCUUGUUGUUGAAUGGAUCAAGUUUGUUUUGGAAGAUGGGAUUUUGUAGAUGGAGUAAAACCCUAAUUUAGUUGGUGAAAAAAUUAGGGGAAUUUUGGGGAUUUUGUUUCUUGAAGUUAGAAACUGAUAGUUGUUUGAUUGUUUUAUGGAAUUUUUGUGUUGAGAAAUGCAACCACCGCAGCAGCAUUCAUGGAACAAUCUUGCUGAAAUAAAAGGUCAAUUAAUCAAGAAGCUUGGAUUCGAGCGAUCCAAGCAGUAUCUUGAUUAUUUGAACCGAUUUUUGAGUUUGAAGUUGAGCAAAACUGAGUUCGAUAAGCUUUGUUUAAGGACCGUUGGGAAAGAUAACAUCCGAUUGCACAAUCAGUUAAUUCGUGCAGUUUUAAAGAGUGCGUGUACAGGGAAACUUCCGAUUGUGAUCCAUGAUGAUUCUUCAAGAACGGUUGGAAAUAAGAAACCUUCAGAUGGAGUUUACCAUCAAAAUGGGUCCAUUCCGGUUGUGACCCACGUCACAAGCCCGCUGUCUUUGGGCAAUGGCGAUAUUCUGCCUCCAUCGCCACGAAAGGCCAGGACUGGAUCCCGUGAGCGAAGAGGUGGGGACCGCAGAAGUGCUCUCGGGCCGAAUGGGAAGACAAAUUAUGGUUCUUUGACGUCAUCUAUCCCACAAUCGGCUGAUUUUAGUUCUUUGGAGAAUGGGGAUUCAUCUUCCUCCGAUACUCGAAGGGCAGUUCAUCAACAAGAACUCAUUCAAGAAGCGGAAAAUGGUGGCGGAUCACCAGACGGUUUCGUUGGUGUGCAUCAUAAAGAAAAGACCGAAUCUUUAGGUAGAAAAAAAGAUGGGAAAAGUGUAUCUGAUAGGAUUUCGCUACAUGCUCCGCUUGGGGUUCCGUAUUGCCCGGUAAGUAUAGGUGGGGCCUACAGCGCAAUACCGUUGGCGGCAAGUAGUAGUAGUAGAUGUGUCGGUGUGUUGCACUCCGAUGGUUUAUUAGAAACAACGACAUUAAAGGACCACAUGGAGCAGAUUUGUGGAGCACAGGGUCUUCAAGGGGUGUCGAUGGAUUGUGCCAAUGUGGUCAACAGUGGAUUAGAUGGUUAUUUAAAGGGUUUGAUUGGUUCUUGCAUGGAACUAAAUAGGGCUAGGUCCGUCCACGAGCUAACAAAAAGCGGUUCCAUCAAGAACCCGACUCAUUCGAGACCCUUAAAUGGUGUCAUAAGCCAUCAUCAAAUACAAAACAGCAGUUGGCCUUUGAAUGCAAUGCAAGAAAAUGAACCCAAACAGCUAGUAACUUUGCUAGACUUUAGGGUCGCUAUGGAGCUUAACCAUAAAAAGCUUGGGGAAGACUGGCCGAUACUUUUGGAGAAGAUAUGUACACAUGCCUUUGAGGAAUAAAAUCAUUGUUGGAACCAAAGUUUUCUUUAUCUGCAUUGGGCUCUUGGUGUUUAAUGGAUUGUUAAAAUGGUUGAUUAUUCUACAUCAACUCUCGGGUCUCGGCUGGUUUAUGGCCUUUUAGUGAAAGCCGUCUAGUGCAAGAUGAUCAAGAUUCAAGGUCAAAAGGGCCCUUUCCGCUAUAGGAAACGCCACAUUUGUGAGCAACCAACCAAGAAACUGUUUUACAAAUUGGAAAAAAACAAACGGUUGCCUUGUUGUAUGAUUAGCAUGUUUCCAGUGCAUAUUUUCCGCUUCUUCUGUAAUUUAGUUGAUGAGAUAAUUUAGAAAAGUUUUGCAGGAAUAAUAUGUGUAGCUCGGUACUUGAUUAAAAAAGUUGAGAAUCUGGCAUAUAUCUAAGGUUUUAUUGUGUAUGUAUUUUCAACAUUAGGCAUUGAUUGAAAUAUCGAAUAUUAACGACACAUUUUCUAAUUAGUUUAUUCAUAAUGAAGCAUGGUCCUCAUCAAAGUAAGUUAUUUAUUUAACUAAUCUUAUACUGGGUCAGGUUCAAACGAGGAGACAGUCAAUUUGCGAGAAGCCGAGAAGUUUCAAGAUCACACAUGAUUGCAUGUGACACGGACCCUUUUAUCAUAUAUGAUAAAACACAUGUUGUAUCGACCAGCCUAUAGCAGGUAUUUUUGGUUGCGUUCACCAAGUCCCCCACGUCCCUUUUGGACGUGUUUAAUCAUAUAUGAUUAAGUGGCUUGGUUGGUUUUCCAUUAUGUCCUGUAUGGAUAAAGCUGUUGGUCUGUAGAGAUUGGAAACAUUUU